UGGGUAUUAAUCAGAGUGUUAGUCAAAUAAUCCUCGCACACCACGACUCGCGCAUAAACCACGACUCGACCCACAGGGAGAGUGCGUGCGCUGCGACGGACCCAGCCGGCACCGGCAGUGCGGACACAGUGCGAGACUGCGAGUCGUGCGAUGACUACCGACGCACAAGCACACCACGCGACGUAGUCUGCAACACCGCGCGGCUGGACACCACACACUUCACCGGCAGGACUCACUGGGUCGGACGCACGCGCCGGUGCAGCGGAACCGAAGAUACCGAGAAGCCCGCCCGAAGCCCCGAACCAUGUGCUGUGGUCGCUGCCACGCCAACCGCGCGGCCGGCCCGGGCGCAGGCCGUGACGACUGAUCGCGGCGGCAGCGCCGCGCGCCCUCGUGCAGCGGUGCGCGCCGCUCGCGCCGCGCCAAGGGAGGUCUUCAGCCUGCGGCACGCUCGCCCGCAGCGCUGCCGGGCGUGCCCAUCAAAAUGCGCCGCCGCUGGACGUCUCCGCCGCCUCCAAGGCGACCGACGCCACGAGUGAUAUGCGUGACGCCACCGUGAGACGUCUGGACGGCUCGCUGCGACCUCAAGGCCAGCCUCGCCGCCCGCCGUGAGCGCCAAAAAAGCGUCAACCGCACAACCGCGCAACCGAGAGAGAGCGACUGAGACGCUUCAGCGACCCGCCAGGAGCCGGGCCGAGGUCUGUCCGAAGCCGCAUGCCGCUCGAGUCGGUCGCCCGGGGCACCCUGGGAGGCGCCCGUCGAAGCCAAAGCUGUGCUGGGGACACGGCCGGAUCAGCCUCGUAUUCGAAAUACCUGCGUUUCCUGUACCUCAAGUAUCGCCACGGCGCUCGGCCUGCUGAGAGAAGACCUUCCCCGACGGCAGUGACAAUUUACCCGACAUCAAUCUUCGACGGCAAGCUCGAGAACUGCGCCUCCAAAGGCAUGCCUGACUGGCUCCUGCUAGCCGUGCGUCCUGGUGGCAUCCAUUGCCAGCUCAGGCGCCGCUCGGACUCGGUUGACGGCCGCCCAAGUGCUUGGCUCGUGCCCAGCCGACCGGCAGGCGAUGCCCACUCGCUGCUAGGCUAA